GGGAUGCGGGGGCGCCGCGGCAGUGCCGGGUUGCGCUCGGCCCGGCGCGGGAGCGCUGCGGGAGCCGGGGAGCGGAGUCCCGCUGGCCACCGGCUCUGUGUGCGGCAGCUUUUGAGAGUGUGUUUGUCAGAGACGGCAGGCAGAGGAAAUGCUUCUUGCGAGGGAGGCAAGAGAGAACCAGGCACGUAAUGUCAGGUUAAGCUGUCACAACUUUCUUGUGUCCUCUAAGCUCAGGCUGAGAUCACGUUCAUCACAGUCUGUGACUGUCUGCAUAUAAAUUCUUCUUCAAAUCUCAACUUUCUCCCUCUUUUUUUUUCUAUUCUCCAGUACCCUGAAUAUUAGGUUAAACUCUUCAGGAAGUAAUGCAAUUAAGAGAGGGGAAUGUUGCACUCUGGAGCAGACAAAAUUGAGCUGAUGUUUGUUGUGGCCUGCAAUGUAGAGUAGGUGUUCAGCACUGCUGUUGACAGUAGAUGUGUGAGUGAUGCUGGCAGGAAAGAGAACUUCUUUCAUUUCCAUGUUCUUGUGGGUUUGAUCUUACAUGUUAUGCAUGUAAAACAACUGGUAAGAUUUUCAUAAUGCCACUUGGAGUUAUUAUUAGUUGUUAGAACUAGUCAGCAGGGGAAUGAACCUGUGGUGGUCAGAAUUUUCCCGCUGCUUCAGUACUUUUUUGUGGAGAUGCCUACAUUAACCACCUAAAAUUAACAAGGAAAUCUGUUUUAAAUAAAUUUUUAAACUAUACAGCAGCUAUCAAGUGUUCUCGGUAAUUCAUGUUUUCAUAUUAUAUUAGUCAAAAUCUAAUAUAGUCAUACUCGAAUUUCAUAUAAAACUGGACUGAAAAGUUCUCCAAUUUCUAGCUUUUAGAAUAAUGUGCCUCAGUAGAAUUCUAAGAUCAUAUUUAAAAUCAGUAGACAGUAAAACAUAACUAGCAGCCUGCUUUUGCAGGGUAAGCAAGAAUUUUAAGCUAAUUUUAAAAUGCAGCCCUGUGUGUUAGAAUGCUGUAUAUUCGCUGCCUGAGAUUUUUCUAUUCUUGUGGUUGGUCCUGGUUUUUUAUUUUGUCGGCAGUCUCAUGGGAGUGCUUGUAUUUGGUUCAGCACUUCUGGGUUUUCCCUCUGUUCUUUGUGUUUUUGUCUUUGCAUCCUUCAGCACUUCCUGUAUCUGUGCAAUGUGAGAUAAAGAGAAUGAUCGAGCCAUGCUUCUUUUUUUAUCAAGAUUUUGUCCCCUCUCUGCCUUUUUUCCUUUUCUGUUCUUUUGCAGAAUUGUGAGUACCUGAGGCACAAACCACGUUGUGCAGUCACUGCUCUGCUGAAGCACUGAAUUUCUGAAUUUCUCUGAAGUUACUCCUGCUGUUACUGGAUCUGCACAUGAUCGCUGCUCACGCCGUGGGUGAAUUAGUUGUCAAGAAGCAUGAAGCAUGGUGGGAGUACUUCCUAACAGAAAAUCAGGAAUCUGUGGCACAAUUGCACUUUGUUGAAAAUUUUGGAAAGUUCUCUAGCACUUUUAUUUAGCAAUUAAAUUCAAGACAUGGGGCCUAUGAAAUACAAAUCAAGUGUGUCCUCAGUGUCCUGUGGUCUGCAGUAUCACCAUUCAUUGAUGAAAUGGAGUCCCAAAGUGAAUUUACACGUGGUGAGGACUUACUGCCCAUCGGCGCCCAAGAGGCCCGAAGCCAAGUCUGCAGUGGAAAUGGCCAUGGGGCUCCUUCAUCGGAUCACAGAAUCUGGGACUGCUAUGGGGAAAAACUCCCUCCAAAAAGUGUCUGCAACGUGCAGGAAUUGGUGGGACAGAUAUGAAGAAUUUGUUGGAAUCAAUGAAGUUCGAGAGGCUCAGGGAAAAGUGACAGAGGCAGAAAAUGUCUUUAUGAUAGCUCGAGGGAUAGUACGAGAGGCUCGUGAAAAUGUAGAAGCCCAACAGAUUAAACUGAAGGAAAUUCGGGAUCGCUUAGACAGGGUCUCUCGGGAUGACACCCAAUAUUUAGAACUGGCUACUCUGGAACACAGGUUGCUGCAGGAAGAGAAGAGGUACCGAGCUGCAUAUUUAAAUGCAGAAGAAUCUGAGAGAGAAAAGUUCUCUCUCUUCUCUGCAGCUGUCAGGGAAAGCCACGAGAAGGAACGCACAAGAGCUGAAAAAACAAAGAACUGGUCUAUUAUUGGCUCUGUGCUGGGAGCUGUUAUAGGUGUUCUUGGUUCCACCUAUGUCAAUCGAGUAAGGCUGCAAGAAUUGAAAGUCUUGGUGCUUGAAGCACAAAAGGGCCCAGUAAAUUUACAAGAAGCAAUCAAAGAACAGGCCUCCAGCCAUUACUUGCAGCAGAAAGAUCUCAGUGAUGUCAUAGAAGACCUAAAAAAAGUGCUGCAAACAACAGCAUCGAAGGGAGGGAAAGAAGGGGCUUUGUUAACUAGAGAAACCAGGAAUGACUCCAUAAAAAUAGAUUCUCUUUUAAUGCCUUUAAAUGAGCAGCUAAACUACAUUAAACAAGUCAGUUCAUGUCUGGGGAGUUUACAACAGCAGUUUAACAGUCUGCAGGAAAGUAUCACACAGGUGCUGUCUGAGCUGCACAGUGUCAAAGUUGCCAUCCAGUCCCGACCUCCAGAAAGAGUGAUGCCAAGGCCUGCAGGGGAGGGCAAGGGCCAGGCUGCUGCUGUCAGAGAUGUGAUUCUGGAGCUGUGUGAUACCGAGCGGAGACUGGAAACACAAAUCAAGAGAAGUUCUAUUUACAGCACUGCACUGACAUGUGCUAUGUUUGCCAUUACUCUGCCUGUACUCUAUAUCAUCCUGAAAGGGAACUGAUCCCUAAUUAAUUGCCACAACUUAGUAGAUUAAUAAAGGUAAACUUGCACUCUAAGUACCUGGAGUACAAGUCCAAAUAAAGCUGCUGUAGUGUUUCUCAUUA